AUGGUGAUUGUGAGAUCGGAGGACAUGAAUCGAGUGAACAGUCGUGCCUGUUGAAUCUUGCUGGUUGCAUGAGCCAGCGACGUGCUGGCCCUCCAGUUUUCUGAAGCAGUGCAGAACUGGAUUCGGGGGGUGGAAUCAUGCAUGAAGCAGUACUUGCGUACUUCAAAGGUUCUCAAUGUGGCUUCAGGUGCCACAUCUGCUGCCUACGACCAUAUCCGGAUUACAAGCACCGCCUCUGCGCAUACUGCCAGUCCAUCAACUCUCGAUGGCCACCACCACCCAAAGAUCCUCCUCCCCCGGAGAAGAAUCCCGAUCUCAUCUAUGCCGGUGACAUCGAUCCGGAGUUCAAACCAUCCAGAGGAGACAUCCUGGUCGUCAAUCCAGCCAUAGGCCCGAGCUUGCGAAAGCUCAGCUUCAAAGGCAGCUGCGUGCUCUGCUACGAUGGAUCUCCCGAUUUCCAGUUCGUGAGAGGCGAUGUGCUCGUCCGAAUCGGCGACUAUGAAGUCCAAAUUGUGGAGCCGCCUCCAAAGGUUGAGGAUAAAAAGGGAAAGGGUCCGAUCCCGAAGGCAAAAGCUGCUGCAGUCAAGAAGGAUGAGAAGGUGGAUAAGAAGCUCGGAGCCAAAGGAGCUGCCAAAAGCGCUCAAUUAGCCAAAGGAGAGAAAUUCGAUGCCGACAAGCCUCCCGAGCCCGACAAGCCGCUGGCCCUCGUCACUUACAAGCCUUACGAGAGGCUCGAGGUUUACUACUACACGGGCGACGAGGGCGUGUGGAGAUUUCUGGGCACGCAGGCGAAUCUGGACCUGAAGAACAAGGUGCUGCUCGAGACACAAUGUCCAGGCUUGACAGCGUUUUACAAGUACUACAAAUGCGGGACCAAGGUUCUGCCGCACACUCUGGUGCCGUUCCUCGGCGAGAUUCUGCUGCCCGAGUGGAUAUGGCAGGAGGAGUUCGACCACAAGGCCAACAAAUGGCGGUCGUCGGGCCGAUGGUGCAGACCCGACGUUCCUGAGAAGGAGAAGCUGCGCACCGGCAUGAUUCUGCUGCGCCCUUUGGUGGGCCAGCGGCGAGGAGACGGACCUGUUUUGCUGAACACGGUGCAAAUGGCUCGCGUCAAGAGACUGGAGGAGGAGAAAGCGAAAGAGAUUCAAGAAAGGGAGCUUCUGGAGAAAUUUGUGGCGAUGGAGAAAGCCAAUGCAGCCCCCGCUGCCGACGAGAAAGAGAAAGACGAUAAGAAGGGCAAAAAGGGCAAGAAGGACGACAAGGACGACAAGAAAUCCGACAAGAAAUCGAAGAAGGAUGACAAAGAGAAGAAGAAGGACGAUGGCAAAGGCAAGAAGGCAGACGACGCCAAGGACGAGAAGAAGAAAGGUGGCAAGAAGGAUGAUCCCAAGGACGCCAAGAAGAAGGGUGGCAAAGAAGAGACGCGCAAGGAAGAAGCAAUUCCUGAGGUGCCCGCUCCUCCCAACAACGACGAAAUUCUGAAGCUCGCCCGAUGGGGAGCCGUCGAGAUGUAUCAACUCGAGGGCGAGGAGCAAGCGCCGGGCUGGGUAUUCUACGGCCGAUCGGACCGCAUUUGCGACACUGCGUACCCGAUGCCCUCAGAAACAACGAAGCGCAAAUUCGUGCACGAGGAUGAUCGAGGAUUGAUCAUCGAGCCGCCUGUGGAGGAGCCUCCUCCCGAACCCGAAGUCGAAGACAAGAAGGGCAAGAAAGGCAAGAAGGACGAUAAGAAGAAGAAGGGCGACAAGGGCGACAAGGGCGCCAAAGACCAGAAAGCUGAUAAGAAAGACAAGGACGAGGCCGGUGACAAGAAGAAGAAGAAACCUAAAAACUGAUCAUCACUCACUCUCCCAUAGCCCCGUCGGUGUUUUGGAGUUUGACGGCCUUUCCCAUGGCAAUGGCAAGGGUUCAUUUUCUAAGUAGUCCGAGCUUGCUUCGAUUCUGCCAUUGCUCCCAUCGACCACCGGGCGAUCGAUCGAGCCUACGUGAUUAGGUGAUCAAAAACCUCCGGAAAGGUCCGAAACGCUUCCCCACAAUACUCGCACACGGCCCUCUUUCAGUCCUUCACACGGACCUCGUCAACACGCUUUUGUCCAAGAUCGUCAAUCCCGACACGAUUCCCAUUUUCUCUUCCCUUUGGAUUUUCAGCCCGGAGCUUGGCUGCCGAUGAGGGGCCGGCCAUCGAUUCAGAAGAAGAAUUUGCAGCAAUUUUCCAGACUUUCGGACAGCACCUGCUCUCGAUCCCGAUCCGAGACAUCUCAAUACCGACAGCAGUCUCGGCCAUCUUGGAGGUCGCAGAGGAACAUUGAUCGAUUGAUCGAUCAUUCAUCACCGACACAGGGAAAUCAAAAUUGAUUCGGUCCCCGUCGAGAAGCAAGGUCGUUCUCGUAUCAGCAGUCAGAGACGGAACCUUCUUCCUCUGAGAACUGUGAAAUUAAGCCACCAACUAGUUAAUUAAUUAACUGCCCUCCUUAAUUAAUUUGCGACGGUAACACUCGAGGCUCAGUCCCGUGAUAAUGAAACAAGGGCGCCUCUGAUUUUGGAAGGUUAGAUUAAAACUGACGUCUGCCCCUGUAAUAUGAUGUUGACCUCGAUGACUGCACUUUAAAAAAAAAAAGAAACGUGAUCUUGUCUGUCAAACACAUAAACAAAAGAGUUAAUUUCUUUCAACACAUUUGGUAAGCUUACAUCUAAAAUUUCCGAUAAUAAAUGCUAUCAUUGUUGCAAAUAACAUAAGAUUUUUUUCAUUAAAAUUAUGUUACUUUAAGUUAUACGCAGACAAAUGUCUGUGUGUUUCCUUAUGGCUUAACUUCUUACCGUAGCUUGCCUACAUUUGUUAAAUGGAAUGUGAUGAAAACAAGCACC